AUGGUCCUCGACGUGUCUUGGGACUCGGUCAAAUCGAAUGCCAAAGUCAUCGUCUGGCCGAAGAAAGACACAGACAAUGAUAACCAGUUGUGGACGUACGAUAACGGAUACAUCAUUAACAAGAAUUCGGGACUCGGUAAAGUGAUGCUUUUAGGUUUAUGGAAGUACGUCUUGCUAACCUAUUGUUUCCGCGCUUUAUUGUUGUCCAGUGUUGGAUAUACAGGGGGCGACAAACAAGUAAUUCAGUACAAACGAAAAAUGAUUGAGGAUGCACAAAAUCAACGGUGGUACUACCGAGAGGACGGUUUCAUUUAUCCCCAAGUGGAUCCCAAUUUGGUGUUAGAUAUACGGGGCAAUUGGACGAAACCAGGUACUGUGGUGCUCCUCUAUGAGCGCAAAUACCAAGACAACGAAAAUCAGCUGUGGGAUCUGAUACCCGAGGUGACGGAGGAAACCGGAAGUCUUCAUUCAUCCAUUGAUCCGGACGAGUAUUCAUUUAGUACAGCAAGUUAUGCUCUGUGAUGUAUUUGUUUUCAAGAAUAUGUAUGCCGGAUCAUGCGCAUAUGGACACUGUACGUAGAGAAAAAAAAUACAUAGAUCAAAACCCCUACAUUUUCUAUUCUGACUGGCCGGAUAUGGCUACAGGACUACAGAAUUUUUUUGACAUCAAUUGUGUGCACAAAUGUCUGUGUCAUGAAUGAAUUUAAAUCAAAUCUAUGGUAUAUUUUACUGCAUGAGAAUCAAUGGAUGAUAUCGCCUGCAUAGCAGGAUUAAAAAGAAACGGACGGAGAAAUGGACACAGUAUGACAAUGUGGGGCUAAUAAUAUGUGUAGGGACUGAUGGGCAAAUCCAAUGUACGGGCUAACAGAGGUGGUAUGGCAAUGAAGAU